AUGGAGAUGGAAAUGUAUAAUGUUGGAAGUGGUGCUUCAGAGUUAUUUUUAAAACUUCCUCAUAUUUUGUUAACAAAAAUAGUCAGGCAAUUAGAGAAUAACUUGGAUAGAAUCUGUCUUUCAUUAGUUUGUAGAAAAUUUUAUGAUGAAAGAGACUCUUAUCUUUCAUUCAAUUCCGACUUUAUCGCAAAAUGCACCCCAUUUGCCAAUCAACCUGUCAUGUUCUCAAGAUCCUAUCAAAAACAAUUCAAUGACCAAAUCAAUUCAGAGCCAAAAAACAGUCUUUUGUUUAUUAGCAGUUCAGAAAUUCAACCAUUUGGAAGCGGUGCCUUUAAUCAGAUUUUCAAUGAUAAUUCAAUUGAAAAGAUCUAUUUUGCAGAUAAUUUUAAAUGGGAUCUAAAUCUGUACACUAAAUUAAUUGGCAACAGUAAUGUCAAAACGAUUCAAUUGGGUUGGAAUUUCAAUGAUUCUAUUCCACCCAGUUCGAUUCCAUCAAACAUUGAAACUAUUAUUUUUGGAUUCAAUUUCAACAAAGAACUUGAAGUUGGCUCACUUCCUCCCAAUCUAAAGAAGAUCAUUUUCGAAGGAUACUUCAAUAAGGUAUUUCAACCUGGUGUGCUUCCAAACUCUCUGGAAGAAAUACGCUUCGGUUCACACUACCAAAUGGAGUUCAUUGUUGGGUCGCUUCCAGCGAAUUUGAAAGUCAUGGAGUUCACUAACGACUAUGACCCACCUCUUAGUACAGUGACUCUACCACCAACUCUGGAAAGAAUAACCAAGUUAAGAGCUAGAGAUUUACCACAGCUACCUUCAUCGAUCAAAUCGAUUUCUAUCAAUGGUUCCGGAACCAUUGGACAACUACCGAAUGGCCUUGAAGAGCUGACACUAUGUGGAAUGGUUUUCUCACUCCCUAAAGGAUGGAUACCAAACACAGUUACAAAACUAGAGUUUCAACAGAAAGUUAGAUAUUCAUUGGAAGGCGUUAUACCGAAUUCUGUGAAACAUCUCUCCUUUGAGAAGAAUGCAAGGGUGUUGGCACCAGGAACCAUCCCAAGCUCCGUCACCACAUUGAAAAUUCACAAUUGUAAACAAGCCUCUGCUAAUAUCAUUCCGAAAUCGGUGGAGACAUUGUAUGUCAACGAGAAUUUCAUUGAUAUUAAUAAUCUUCAUUCUCUACCCUCGAGUGUUAGAAACAUCAUUGUUAUGCGCACCAAUGAUCCUACGAGAGAAUUCCACCUGAAGCCAAUCGAUAAUGAUAAUUUCAUUCUAAUGCGGUUACAGAAAUUUUCAGUGCAAUGUGGUUUCACACACAUUGACCAAUUACCAAACCUAAUAAAAUCUGCUCGACCACCAAAGUUUUAA